UACAAGUUGCAAGCUCACAAGUUCAAUAUUCGUAUAAUUAUAAUCUUAUGUCUCUAUCAAUCCUCAUCCACAUUCUUGUUUUUACGAAUGAUUCGAGCCAAACAUUAUAUUAUAACUUUUCCAUUUUCUGAAAUUUAACAAUCUUUUUAUAUAAAUAUAAAUCCCUCUUAAACAAAAAAAAAAGGAAACAAGAAAAAAACCUCCCAAACACAAACUCCCGAAAAUCUCUCUCUUUAAUUCUUUCUUUCUUCUUCUUCUUCCAAACUUGAGAAAAAAUAGGAAACACAAAAAUGUCUCCUUCUUGGCUCCGUCCAACCGCCGAUCAAAAUCAUCCUCCGCCGCCACCGCCGUCUCAAUCACCGUCUCCUCUAUCUUCCGGUGAUCCGAAUCUCACUACUUGCCUCUACCAAACAGAUCACGGCGUCUUCUAUCUAACAUGGUCUCGAACUUUCUUAGGAGGCCACUCUGUGAAUCUCUUCCUCCACUCACAAGAUUACUACAACCACUCUUCACCACUCUCUUUCUCCUCCGCCGAUCUCUCCCUCUCCUCCGCCGUCUCUUUCCAUCUCAACUUAAACACAUUAGCUUUCUGGAAAAAACGCGGAUCCAGAUUCGUUUCUCCUAAAAUCCAAGUCUUCUGGGACUUAAGCAAAGCCAAAUUCGACUCUGGAUCCGAACCUAGAUCCGGAUUCUACAUCGCUGUAGUUGUUGACGGAGAGAUGGGACUAUUAGUCGGAGAUUCGGUCAAAGAAGCUUACGCUCGUGCUAAAUCGGCGAAACCUCCGACGAAUCCACAAGCUCUUCUGUUGAGGAAAGAGCAUGUGUUUGGAGCCAGGGUUUUCACAACGAAAGCUAGAUUUGGAGGGAAGAACAGAGAGAUUUCUAUUGAUUGUCGUGUUGAUGAAGACGCUAAGCUCUGUUUUAGCGUUGAUUCGAAACAGGUUUUGCAGAUCAAACGACUUCGAUGGAAAUUUAGAGGAAAUGAGAAAGUUGAAAUUGAUGGUGUUCAAGUUCAAAUCUCUUGGGAUGUAUACAAUUGGCUGUUUCAGAGUAAAAACUCCGGUGACGGCGGAGGAGGAGGAGGACACGCGGUGUUUAUGUUUAGAUUCGAGAGUGAUCCAGAAGCAGAGGAGGUUUGUGAAACAAAGAGGAAAGAAGAAGAAGAUGAGAAAAACCGAAACGGCAUCGUUUUAUGGAAGCCGAAGCAGUGUGGAAAUAGUUUUGGGAUUAAAGGAAUUGUUGAGUGGAGGAAGAUGAGGAAGAGAUUUGUUAAGAGUAAGAGAAGUUCGUCAUCGUCGUCGAUUUCGAUGUCGUCGGCUUCUUCGGCUUGUAGUUCAUCGGUUAUGGAGUGGGCAAGUAGUGCUGAUGAGGCGGAGUACGGCGGAGGAGGAUCUUCUGGUUCUGGUUCCGGCAAUGGUCUUGGAUUCUCAUUACUGGUUUACGCUUGGAUUAAGUGAAAAUAUUCUUUUUCGAGGGAAAAGGAAAGUUACUGUUUCCGGUCAAUUUUUUAUUUUAAAUGUUUUUUUUUUUUUUUACAUUAAUUUUCCCUCUGAAAUCACGGACGAGAAGAUAUAAAAAUAUUGGAGUAAAUUUUUUUAAGGAAUUCAAUUUUCGUAAUAUCUCUUA